AAGUCCUCAGCUUUGGCUCCAUCCCCCUCCGACCCUCACUCCACUCCACUCCCCACUCCCCACUCACCGCCGCCGCUCCAGCUCCAAUGGCCGCCGCCGCCGCGCGCGGGCUCUCCUGGCUCCUCCCGCUCCUUGCCCUCCUCCUCCUGACGGUUCUUGCCGCGGCGGCGAGGGACGAGGGGGAGUUGCGGGCGCUGGCGGCGCUGAGGGCGGCGCUGGACCCGGCGGGCCGGGUGCUGGGCUCGUGGGCCCGGGCCGGGGACCCCUGCGGCGGCGGCUUCGUCGGCGUCGCCUGCGACCGCGAGGGCCGCGUCACGGCCGUCUCGCUGCAGGGCCGGGGCCUCUCCGGCACGCUCCCGCCGGCCGUCGCCGGGCUGCGCCGGCUCCGGGGGCUCUACCUGCACUACAACGGCCUCAAGGGCCCCAUCCCCCGGGAGAUUGGCGGCCUCUCCGAGCUCGCCGACCUCUACCUCGACGUCAACCACCUCUCCGGGCCCGUGCCCGCGGAGAUUGCCGCCAUGGCGAACCUCCAAGUGUUGCAGCUGGGCUACAACCAGCUGACAGGCAGCAUACCGCCCCAGCUAGGCAACCUGAACAAGCUUGCUGUUCUUGCGCUGCAGUCCAACCAGCUGACCGGAGCCAUUCCGGCAACCCUCGGCGACCUGACUCAGCUGACUCGGGUCGAUCUGAGCUUCAACAACCUAUUUGGCUCGAUCCCUUCAAAGAUCGCAGAUGUUCCGUCGCUUGAGGUCUUCGAUGUUCGCAAUAACACUCUAUCAGGGAGUGUCCCUGCUGGCUUGAAGAGACUGAAUGGAGGGUUCCAAUAUGUGAACAACAAGGGGCUUUGUGGAGCAGAGUUCAUUUCUCUUGAUCUCUGUACAUCUACAGAGGAUGGGCUGAGGCCCAGCAAGCCUGAGCCUUUUGGCCCAGAUGGCACUGUCAAGACAGGGCAAGUACCCCAGUCGGUGGAUCCACACACGACGAAAUCUGCAAAGGCCUCUGCAGGAGUUCUUAUUGUUGGUGUUCUUGCUGUGGUCAUCGGUGCCGCAUUCUGUGGAAUAUUUGCAUUCUCAUAUUAUCGCCGGCAGAAGCAAAAGAUUGGCAGCUCACUGGAGGUGUCUGAUAGCAGGCUCAGCACUGACCAUUUCCAGCAGAAGGAAGCUUGCCGAAGGAGUGCUUCUCCUCUGAUCAGUGUGGAGUACUCAAAUGGAUGGGACACCAUGUCAGGUGGAGGCUGCGGAUCAUCCGGUGAGGUUGGCGAUAGCUUUAGGUUCAACCUUGAAGAGGUCGAGUGUGCGACUCAGUACUUCUCUGAGGUUAACUUGCUAGGCAAGAGCGGCUUUGCUGCGACGUUCAAGGGGAUCCUGAGGGAUGGGUCUGUUGUGGCGGUUAAGAGCCUCAAUAAGACAAGUUGCAAGCAAGAGGAGUCUGAUUUCCUGAGAGGUCUGAAGACGCUCACCAUGCUGCGGCAUGAGAACCUUGUUGGCCUGAGGGGCUUCUGCUGCUCCAGGGGGAGGGGGGAGUGCUUUCUUGUGUAUGACUUCAUGGUUAAUGGGUGCUUGUCGCAUUAUCUCGAUGUUAAGGAGGGUUCUGAAGCUAGUGUUCUUGAUUGGCCUACAAGAGUUUCCAUCAUCAGAGGCAUUGCAAAAGGUAUCGAGUACUUACACAGCAAGAAGAGCAACAAGCCAUCACUAGUGCACCAGAACAUAUCGGCCGACAAAAUCCUUCUCGACCACCAUUUCGCCCCAUGUCUGUCAGUCCCAGGACUGCACAAGCUCCUUGCCGACGAUGUCGUCUUCUCAACCCUGAAGGCCAGUGCAGCUAUGGGGUAUCUUGCCCCCGAGUACGCCAACACGGGCCGCUUCACCGAGAAGAGCGACGUCUUCGCCUUUGGGAUAGUUGUUCUCCAGGUCAUCACGGGCAGGAGGGCCGUCUCACAAGUGAAGGUAGGCACAGCGUCCAGCGAUCUCGAAGGCCUGAUAGAUCCAUACCUUGGCGGCAUCUUCUCGACGACUGAAGCUGCCAGGCUUGCAGAGGUCGCUGUGCAUUGCACGUCCGAAGCAGCGAGCCAGAGGCCGACCAUGGAGGCUGUGGUUCAGCAACUCAGCGGCUGAUGCCGUGGAUCGGAACCGAGCUGAUGAAGAUGUCUGUUGGGAGGCCUUUUGUAGUAGUAAGCUGGAGGACAGUGAUGAUCCAGUUGCCACCCAAUGAGGUCUGAGGUCUUUUGUAGUAAUAAUCUGACCUGCUAAUGUGGAACAUGUCGCCAUUAACUAUUUAGUCACUUUCCUGGUGAUCUCACCAUUUCAUGGUUAAGUAUCACAAUCUCUUCACAACUCGAAUGCUGAAAGAUUGUGUAUCAAUGAGAUGACUUGAACCCUUGGUUAGCUAGAUCAGCAUGCCAAAAUGUUGAAUGUGUGAGCCAUUUGGUUCAGGGAUUUUAGCAUCUGUGGUGUAAACUUU